AUGGAGGCACUGGUCUCCGAUCAGAUCUCCGCAGAGAUAGUGGAGAAUCUGGACGUGAUUGAGAAGGUAGCAAAGAGGUCUAAGAACCUCAAGGGCACCUUCGUUCGCAAGUUGCACAAGUCGGUGACUGUCUUGAAGGCAGCGUCGAGGGCACUCGCUGCAAGGACCUUCCCAGCCCUUGAGGGGGACAUGACGGAGAUGGACAGGAGAUGCGCAAGAGGAUCCAAGAGCUUGAGAGCGAGGUGGCCAGGCACAGCCACCACAACGCGCACCAGAGAAGAACCCAGUGGCGGAGGGGAAACCGACCAGGAAGAGGAGGCGCGUCCGUACGCUGGAAAUAUCACUGGAAGACGAGAACGACCCUCCGGCCCGGAAAGAAGAGGAUUUGGUACUGCCAAAGGACGACAAGCCGAGAUCCCGGCCCCAUCGAUCGAAAGGACUCUGGAGGACGCUAGAAAGGUAUUAGAGGGAGUCUGCCUUGAAAGCGUAGUCACGGACGACCCUAUGGACACCGUGAAGAACUUGGAGAAUCUGAUAGUCAGAUGCGAAGGCAUCAAAGCCACGUUGCCGACAGUCAGGAGCGAGAGGAAGCAGGAUGCAGACAAGCCCUCCAAAGCAGCGGACAGUCACGACGGAAAUGCCCAACCCAAACCGAGGGUGGUGGCUGUAGAAGCUGUGAACGUCCAAAUUAAGAGGACCCGAACGCCACAAAGAGCGGCUAAAAAGGAUGGCAGAGAGGAGACGGCCAAACAGAAACAAGCCCUGGCCUCGCAGCCGGCCCCGAGAACCGCAGACUCGUGGGUAGAGGUAGUGAAGAGGGGAAGCAGGAGAAAUGCGGCAACGCAACCGGCUGCAUUGCAAAAGCCCACGACGCUGCCGAAGAAAACGCAGGGUCUGCAGGGCAAGGAGACGAAGGGCGGAACGGACAAACCAACGCCACAAAGCGCGAAGACCGUCGCUACAAAAACGGCCAGGAGAAGAAAUCCUAGGACCCAGGCCGUGGUGCUAACGGCUCCCCCGACACUAUAUGGCGAGUGUAUGGGGCAGCUAAAGGCCCAGAUAAAACUAGAGGAUUACGGCAUCCAAGGCGUAAAGCCGAGACGCUCCAUGAUCGGAGCCCUGGUAUUUGAGAUACCAGGGGAGGGCGCUAAGGACAAAGCCGUGGCCUUAUCCGACAAAAUGAAGUCGGUACUGGUAAACAGAGAGGGGGUUAAGGUGACUCGCCCCCAAAAGAUGGCAGAACUCAGGAUAAAAGACCUGGACGAUUCCAUCUCGGAAGAGGAAGUCAGAGGAGUCGUCGCCAGGGAAGCUGAGUGCGACCCGACGGACGUCAGGGUCGGAAAGAUUAGGGUGGCCCCGAAUGGACUCGGCACGGCCUGGGUGCAGUGCCCAUUGACAGAGGCAAAAAAGGUCUCGGCCAAGAGACGCAUUCGCAUCGGAUGGGUAAUAGCCCGCGUGGAGAUACUGGAAGCGAGGCCUUUGGUCUGCUAG